UUUCAAUUUCAAGUAAUCAUUUUAAUCAUUUUCAGUCAAUCUGAAUUUUGUUUGCUCUGGCCUUCUUCCUCGAUCGCCACUCACUCUUCCGCCGGCCAUAACCGAACCAGUGCUUCAUGUUGCUGCCCUUCUGAGAAAAGGUUUUUUUUUCUUUCAAAGUUUGGGAGUCCACACAAUGGACAAUAUAGUUGAUUCAUUGAGCAAUGCAUACCAAGAGUUUGUUGCUGCAGCUGCAAAUAUCCUUGAAGCUAAGGAAAGCUGUAGUGCCCAGAAAACAUUAGCCACCGAUGCAGCUCUCGAGAAUUUCAAACAGAAAUGGGAAUUAUUCAGAGUGGCAUGUGAUCAAGCUGAGGAGUUUGUGGAGUCUGUCAAGCAAAGGAUAGGAUCAGAGUGCCUUGUGGAUGAAGCCACAGGCUCGGUGGUUGGAAAGUCUGGUGUUGGGAUUGGAAUUGGCCCUGCUGCCACUACUGGUCUUCCAGCAAUUAGCGCUGUUCGUUUGGAACAGAUGAGCAAAACCGUUAGGUGGCUUGUCCUUGAACUUCAACAUGGCUCUUCAGGUUCUUCUGCUGGUUCAGCCGCUCAUUCCCAUACACCGGGAGCUCCUUUCGAUGCUAGAUUUUCUGAGGAUUCAGCUCAAUAACUCUCCAUUUGUUGAGUUUUUCUUUUUGUAAGAUGUAGUGAUUCGACUGUAGUAUCUUCUAAGAGAGUCAUUCUUUCAUGUAAAAUUUUCGUAGAGUUUUACUCGAUAUCCAAAGGGAAGAAAGGCUAUGCUCUUCAGGUUUUGAUUCUGGCUGUAUGAAAGAUUCUAGUUCACCUUAAUAAUUUCAGAUACUGUUCCUCA